ACUUAGUAUUCUCUAUUGUGUACUCCCAAGGUAUACAUAUGUUCAAGAUCGGUCUGAAAAAAUUACUCGUAUCGCUGGCCUCCAUUUCGAGAAUUGGAAAGCCAAGAGUUAGACACAUAUUGGUAGUUGUUUUUCUGGAACACUUCGCCUGGGGCCUUCUGACAAUGCCUAUGAUAGCCACCUUAAAGGAAACCUUCCCCGACCACACGUUCCUAAUGAACGGAUUAGUCAUGGGUGUCAAGGGAAUACUCUCGUUUCUAUCGGCGCCCCUGAUCGGAGCUUUAUCGGAUAUGUAUGGGCGGAAAGUGCUGCUCCUUAUAACAGUGAUCUUCACUUGCUUACCAAUCCCCAUGUUGACCACCGAUAACUGGUGGUUCUUUGUGAUCAGUUCGACUAGUGGAGUUUUGGGCGUUAGCUUCUCGGUGGUUUUUGCCUAUGUAGCGGAUGUCACCACAAAGGACGAGCGCUCUAGAUCCUAUGGAUUGGUAUCGGCCACCUUUGCUGCCAGUUUGGUGAUCGCCCCAUUUUUGGGCAAUCUCAUUAUGGAUCUUUACGGAAUUAAUACUGUGGUCUUAGUAGCGACUUUGGUCUCCACAACAAACGUGAUGUUUGUACUUGUGGCUGUUCCCGAAAGUUUACUAAGAAACGUUAGAUCCACUGGAUUGAGCUGGAAACAAGCAGAUCCUUUUCUAGCACUACGAAGAGUGGGUUCGGAUCCCAAUAUCCUGCUAUUGUGCAUAGUGGUAUUCAUGUUUCUACUGCCCGAAGCUGGGGAAUAUUCCAGUGUACCAGCCUAUCUGAAACUAACAAUGGGAUUUGAAUUUAAGGAACUCUCCACGUUGAUGGCUUUAAUGGCUAUAUUAAGCAUUUCGAUAAACUUGACCUUGGGAUCUAUAGUGAAAACAUUGGGUGCCAAGAAAGUUAUAAUACUGGGAUUACUUCUGGAACUGCUGCAACUAAUACUGUACGCCAUAGGACACGAAAAGUGGCAAAUGUGGCUAGCUGGCAAUGUAGCUGCCCUGAGUUCCAUCACUUUUCCGGCAGUGAGUUUCUAUGUAUCGCUCUACACGGAUGGCGAAACUCAGGGAGCAGUUCAGGGAAUGAUCACGGGAAUGUCGGGACUAUGCAGUGGACUUGGACCCGCCCUGUUUGGUAUCGUAUUCUACUUAUCCGACAUGGAUUUGAGCGAGGAUCGGAUUUUGAUAGGGAGUGUAAGUGGAGAUCGCACAGUGGCCGGUCCCUUUAUGGUUGGAGCUAUCUCUGUGUUUAUUGGCAUUCUGUUGGCAUUGUAUAUCCCAGAUGAAAAGGUUUCCAAGGAAAAGAGAGGGGAAUUUUUCGCCCUAAAGCAUAUCAUUGAAAUGGAGGAGGCGUCCAUUUUAUAGUUUAAACAAAUCUGUAUUUAGAUAACUUGUUUACUUAAAAUUGGUAGUUACAAAAACUUUAUUUAUAA